UGAACCCGAAGAACAAACCCUAGGCAAAAGGCAACCCUGCGGAGGCUUAUUCCCAGCACACGUCUCUCUCCUCUCUCUCUUUUUCCUUCUUUAUUUUCGUUGUUCACUCCCUGCUGUUGUGACUGAGAUCGAGAUUUGCGUCUUCUUUACCCUGCAGAGGAGAGGACGGGGCUAGGGUUUCUUCAGGUAGCCUCUGUACGACGACUUCUGCUGGGAGUACAGAGAGAUGGCGGAUCGAUUAACGCGUAUAGCCAUCGUCAGCCAGGACCGAUGCAAGCCCAAGAAGUGCCGCCAGGAAUGCAAGAAGAGUUGCCCCGUCGUCAAAACUGGUAAACUCUGUAUUGAAGUGGCUUCUUCAUCAAAGAUUGCAUAUAUUUCUGAGGAGCUGUGCAUUGGAUGUGGUAUUUGUGUUAAGAAAUGCCCUUUUGAAGCCAUUCAGAUUAUCAAUCUGCCUAAAGAUUUGGACAAAGAUACCACCCAUCGCUAUGGCCCUAAUACCUUCAAACUGCACAGGUUACCAGUGCCAAGGCCUGGCCAAGUGCUCGGCUUGGUUGGAACAAAUGGUAUUGGAAAAUCAACUGCCCUCAAAGUUUUGGCUGGCAAAUUGAAACCAAAUUUGGGGCGUUUCAAAAAUCCCCCAGAUUGGCAGGAAAUAUUGACAUACUUUCGAGGGUCUGAGCUUCAGAAUUACUUUACCCGCAUAUUGGAAGAUAAUCUGAAGGCAAUAAUCAAGCCCCAAUAUGUUGAUCACAUUCCAAAAGCAGUGCAAGGCAAUGUCGGCCAAGUGCUUGACCAAAAGGAUGAGAGAGACAUGAAGGAAGAACUUUGUCUUGAUCUGGAGCUGAAUCAGGUUAUAGAUCGUAAUGUAGGGGAUUUAUCAGGUGGAGAGCUGCAGAGAUUUGCCAUUGCUGUUGUAGCCAUACAAAAUGCAGAGAUAUAUAUGUUUGAUGAACCUUCUAGUUAUCUUGAUGUGAAACAGAGGCUGAAAGCCGCCCAAGUUGUCCGUUCUUUGCUCAGACCUAAUAGCUAUGUAAUUGUGGUGGAGCACGACCUUAGUGUCCUAGAUUACUUGUCGGACUUCAUCUGCUGCUUAUAUGGGAAGCCUGGUGCAUAUGGAGUUGUCACCCUACCAUUCUCUGUCAGAGAAGGAAUUAACAUAUUCUUGGCUGGAUUUGUCCCUACAGAAAAUCUACGAUUCCGGGAUGAUUCUCUGACAUUCAAGGUUGCUGAGACGCCACAGGAAAGUGCUGAGGAAAUUGAGACAUAUGCACGGUACAGAUAUCCAACCAUGGUUAAAACUCAGGGUAAUUUCAGGCUUCGUGUGGUCGAGGGUGAAUUUACUGAUUCUCAGAUUAUUGUGAUGCUGGGUGAGAAUGGAACUGGGAAGACAACGUUUAUACGCAUGCUGGCUGGUUUAUUGAAGCCCGAUACUGUAGAAGAUUCUGAUGUGGAGAUACCUGAGUUCAAUGUUUCUUACAAGCCCCAGAAGAUUAGUCCGAAAUUUCAGUCUACAGUUAGGCACUUGUUGCAUCAAAAAAUACGUGAUUCAUAUAUGCAUCCUCAGUUUGUCUCAGAUGUGAUGAAGCCUCUCUUAAUUGAGCAAUUAAUGGAUCAAGAAGUUGUGAACCUUUCUGGUGGAGAGUUGCAAAGAGUUGCACUAUGCCUCUGCCUUGGAAAGCCUGCAGACAUUUAUUUGAUUGAUGAACCGAGUGCAUAUCUUGACUCAGAGCAGCGUAUUGUUGCUUCAAAAGUAAUAAAAAGGUUUAUCCUCCAUGCAAAGAAGACUGCCUUUGUGGUUGAGCAUGAUUUUAUAAUGGCAACUUAUCUGGCGGAUAGGGUUAUUGUGUAUGAAGGGAAGCCAUCUGUGGACUGUACUGCAAAUGCACCGCAGUCAUUGUUGACUGGAAUGAAUCUUUUCUUAUCGCAUCUGGAUAUCACAUUUCGGCGGGAUCCAACUAAUUUCCGGCCAAGAAUCAACAAGCUGGAGUCGACCAAGGACAGGGAGCAGAAGUCUGCUGGCUCCUAUUACUACUUAGAUGAUUGAGAUGGUUAUAAGCAGGUUUUGUUUUUCACACCACCUAUUGUUUCAGAUAUGCCCUCUCCUUUUGGCAUAUGCAGUUGGGGCUGGAGCUUUUUAUCUUCUAUUACAGUUGGUUAUGCAAGAUUAAAGGGCGACAUAUGUGUUAGCUAGGGGGGGAGGGGAGGGGAGGGCUUAGAAGAGGCAUUCAGAUCUCGACAAAUGAGAGGCCUUUGCUUGGUGAAGGGUUCAUCUUUACUGUGUUUCCUAAAUUAUUAUGCGCUUGCAGGUUAUUUGUAUCAUUCGAAUUCACCGGUUUUGGUCAUAAUAUGAAGUGGGUGGAUUUUUAGAGUUAUUUGAUUGUAUUUUAUCUCUUUACAUUAAGUGCUGUAUUUUUCACUAGUGUGAAAAAUACAUGGCAAGGAAAAAUGAAUAAUAAUGGCAACUAAUUUAUUAUGGCUUGUAUUUUGUGGCUGGUAA